AUGUGUAGACUAAAAAAAGGUUAGUUUAAGAGCUUCUUUAGAAAAGUAAGGUGUUUUGUACGGUCAGGCAGUCCGGGGGUAGAGAGGAACGUACCGUUUGAUAGUAUGGGAUAAGCAAUGACAGCUAGAGCGGGAAAUAGAGAUAAAGCUAGGGCUAAAACAAAAGCUAGAGUUAUAGCUGCCACUAGGGUUAGAGACCUAGACCUAGCCUAGACCUAGACCUAGACCUAGACCUAGACCUAGACCUAGACCUAGACCUAGACCUAGACCUAGACCUAGACCUAGACCUAGACCUAGACCUAGACCUAGACCUAGACCUAGACCUAGACCUAGACCUAGACCUAGACCUAGACCUAGACCUAGACCUAGACCUAGACCUAGACCUAGACCUAGACCUAGACCUAGACCUAGACCUAGAGCCAGGACCAGAGCCAAAGCCGAAGCCAGAGCGAGAGCUAGAGCUAGACCUAGACCUACACCUAGACCUAGAGCCAGGACCAGAGCCAAAGCCGAAGCCAGAGCGAGAGCUAGAGCUAGACCUAGGGCGAGAGCUAGAGCCGAGGAAGAGAAAGAAUUUAAGCAGAAGCUCCAGCUAA